AUGAUCGAGCCCUUUGGGAAUCAGUAUGUUGUGGCCAGGCGAGUGUAUUCUGCAAAUGCUUUUGGGGAAGAACAUAAGAAGAAAGAAAGACGUCAUAAGACACCUCUGGAUCAUCUCAAACAGUGUUGUAGCUGUUCCACUAAAAAGGCCAAGAGAAUUGCCCUCUCUUUGUUCCCCAUAGCAUCUUGGUUGCCAGCAUAUCAGAUAAAGGAAUGGCUACUCAGUGACAUUGUUUCUGGAAUCAGCACUGGGCUGGUGGCCGUACUGCAAGGUUUAGCAUUUGCUCUGCUCGUCAACGUGCCCCCAAGCUAUGGGUUGUAUGCAGCCUUUUUCCCAGUCAUAAUCUACUUUUUCUUGGGCACUUCUAGACACAUAUCUGUGGGUCCAUUUCCAGUUCUGAGUAUGAUGGUGGGAGCAGUAGUUGUGAGAGUCACUUCAACAACCAGUCCAACUGGUGGGAAUAACACCUCAAUAAGUAAUGAUUUGGAUUCAUCCUCAGAUGAACAGAAAGUGAUGGUGGCUGCAAUGGUCACAAUCCUUUCUGGAAUCAUCCAGUUGCUCCUGGGGGUUCUGCAAAUCGGAUUCGUGGUGAUAUAUCUGUCUGAGUCCCUAAUCAGUGGCUUCACCACAGCUGCUGCUAUUCACGUGUUGGUUUCCCAACUCAAAUUUAUUCUUCAGCUGACUGUCCCGGCACACACAGAUCCAUUUUCAAUUUUCAAAGUACUUGAAUCUGUGUUCACACAAAUACAGAAGACUAAUAUUGCAGACCUUGUGACGGCCUUAAUUAUCCUCGUGGUUGUAUCUGCAGUUAAGGAAGUUAACCAACGCUUCAAAGCCAAACUUCCAGUGCCCAUCCCAAUCGAACUCAUCAUGACUGUGAUCGCGGCAGGUGUAUCCUAUGGCUUUGACUUCAAAACCAGGUUUAACGUGGCCGUGGUUGGGAAGAUGAACAGUGGAUUUCAGCCCCCGAUCCAACCAGACCCGAAGAUUUUCCAAGACACUAUCGGCGACAGCUUUGGCAUUGCAAUCGUUGGCUUUGCGGUGGCCUUUUCGGUCGCCCGUGUCUAUUCCCUCAAAUAUGAUUAUCCAAUUAAUGGCAAUCAGGAGUUAAUAGCCUUGGGAUUGGGGAACAUCUUUGGCGGAUCAUUCAGAGGAUUUGCCUCGAGUACCGCCCUCUCCAGAUCUGGGGUUCAGGAGAGCACCGGAGGCAAAACGCAGAUCGCUGGCAUUCUCUCUGCUGUCAUUGUCCUGAUUGUGAUUGUGGCCAUUGGAUUUCUCCUGGAGCCACUACAAAAGUCUGUCCUGGCUGCCUUAGCCCUUGGAAACCUAAAGGGAAUGCUGAUGCAGUUUGCCGAAAUAGGAAGACUGUGGCGAAAGGACAAGUAUGAUUGUCUAAUUUGGAUCAUGACCUUCAUCUUUGCCAUUGUCCUGGGCCUCGGCUUAGGCCUGGCAGCCAGCGUAGCAUUCCAGCUCUUAACCAUCGUGUUCAGAACCCAAUUUCCAAAAUGCAGCACGCUGGCUAAUGUCGGAAGGAGCAACAUCUACAAGAACAGAAAAGAUUACUCUGACAUGUACGAACCGGAAGGAAUAAAAAUUUUCAGAUGCCCAUCUCCUAUCUACUUUGCCAACAUUGGUUUCUUUAGGCAGAAACUUUUCGAUGCUGUUGGUUUCAGUCCACUACGAAUUCUAUGCAAGCGCAAGAAAGCUUUGAAGAAAAUCCGAAAAAUGCAGAAGAAAGGCCUGAUACAAGUAACACCAAAAGGAUGUAUAUGUACCGUUGAUAACUUCAAAGAUUCCGACGAAGAGCUGGACAACCAUGAGAUAGAAGAGCUAGAUCAGCCAAUCAAUACCACGGACCUGCCCUUCCAGAUAGACUGGAAUGCUGAUCUUCCUCUCAACAUCGUGGUCCCUAAGAUCAGCCUGCAUAGCCUUAUUCUCGACUUUUCAGCAGUGUCAUUUCUUGACGUUUCUUCAAUGAGGGGUCUCAAGAAGAUUUUCCAAGAAUUUAUCAGGAUCGAGGUAGAUGUGUAUAUUGUUGGAACUGAUGAUGAUUUCAUUGAGAAGCUUACACGGUGUGAAUUUUUUGACGAUGAAGUCAAGGACUCAAUAUUUUUCUUAACAAUCCAUGAUGCUGUUUUGCAUAUUUUGAUGAAGAAGGAUUAUAUUACUUCAAAGGUUAGUACCAGUCAGGAAAAAGAAGUAAAAACUGAUUUUAUCGUAAAUACAAAUGGAGGAUUACGUAAUCGGGAAUGCCAGGUACCACUUGAAACAAAAUUCUAA